AUGUCGACACACGUUCAAAAACAUUACAGCGACUCAAUCUCACUUGCUCAGUUGAGCGUCAUUCUGGAUCUCUGCAACCACCAGGUUGAUAUCUCAGACAACGAGAACGACACAUGCCUCGUGUGUGGAAUGGAACUCUCAUUGUCGGAGCUACAGGGACAUCUUGCCACCCACAUGGAGGAAAUUGCUCUUUUCGUUCUACCCAGUUCUCAUGAAGCGGAAGAACUAGGGGGUGACAUGGCAUCCAUGCAGGCUGCAAACCCCAAGUCCAAAGCUACAAACAGCAGCACCACUUCGGAAUUCAGUAGCCUCGGCUUUUCUGGAGCAGACGGCGCUGAGAACUUUGAACCUGGAGACUUGCUAACUGUGAAAGAUGGAGCCCUUACGGUUGUAGACAACCCACCGAAAAGCGAUGGCAACGAAUUCGGUUUUAUGGUGGAGCAAUUGGCCGAACGAAGGAUGAAAAGAGAGAAAGAUAAACAAGACUCUGUACAUGGGCAAUGGCAUAGCCCCCCGGAUGAUGAAAACGAUGACGACAAGGCAGCUGAAGAUUCUAGGCAGACUCCAGCCAGUUUCUCAAAGUUACUCACUAGCGAGGAAGCGGAUUAUGCCUCCAAAUUUUUGUUUUGGGGAACGAUGGAUGAAGACCAAGAAUGGGUGUCGAGCAGAGCCAAUCAAUCGACCUUGCCAAAUGAGAUACUACAAGUCAUGGCAACAAAGUUAGAACACCCAGAUCGCGAAGUGGUGCAGGCUGCCAUUCGAAUCCUAGGUCAUCAAACAAACUUGCCAGAUGAGAUAAUCCAGACCAUGGCAGCACAUUCGAAAGACGUGCAUGAGGGCCUGAGGAACGAUUUGCUUCAAAUCCUAGACCGUCAUUCAGUCUUGCCAGAGGGGAUCCUCACAGGCGGGGAAACACAAUCUGAGGACAACGCGCUAAGACCUACUCACUCACCUUCCGACGAGAUCACACACAAUCUCGAAGGCGUAAACCUUGACCAAGGCAAGCCAAAAGAGGCAGAGCACAAAUACUUGCGAACGCUAGCCGAGACAGAGAAGGCUCUAGGACCCGACCACACAUCGACGCUUAACAUAAUCCACAAUCUUGGAAUCCUAUAUCAUGACCAAGGUAGCCUGGACAAGGCAGAAGAGAUGUAUGUGCGGGUACUAUCCAGAUACGAGAGAGUUCUAGGAUCCGACCACAUAACCACCCUCAAUAUGGUCCGUUACCUCGGAAAACUAUAUCAUGACCAAGCCAAGCCGGACCAGGCAGAGCCGAUGUACUUGCGGGCGCUAGCUGGGUAUGAGAAAACGAUGGGACCGACUCAUCCGUCAACCUUGCACACUAUCAAGAAUCUCGGAGGCCUAUAUUUUGACCAAGGCAAGCACAAUGAGGCAGAGCCGAUGUAUUCGCGGGCGCUAGCUGGGUAUGAGAAAGCAGUGGGACCAGAUCAUACAACAAGUCUGCAGAUUGUCCAAAAACUUGGAACGCUAUAUCAGGAUCAGCUUCAGCUAGACAAGGCAGAGCCAAUGUUUUUGCGGGUGCUUGCUGGGUACGAGAAGGCGCUAGGACCCGAUCAUCUUUCAACCCUCCAGCCUAUCAAUGAUCUUGGAAGCCUGUAUCGUGAACAAGGCAAGCUGAAUGAGGCAGAGCAAAUGUAUUCGCGGGCGCUAGCUGGGUACAAGAAGGCGCUAGGGCCCGAUCAUCCCUCAACCCUCCAGGCUAUCAAUGAUCUCGGAAACGUACAUUGUCGCCAGGACAGACUAGAUGAGGCAGAGCAGAUGUACUUGUGGGCGCUAGCUAGGUACGAGAGGACGCUGGGACCCGAUCAUCCCUCAACCCUCCACACUAUCAGGAAUCUCGGAAACGUAUAUCGUGACCAAGGCAAGCUGAAUGAGGCAAAGCAGAUGCAGCAGCUGUAUGUAGCUAGGACUACAUAG